GUUGUCACCCAGAGCGACGGUUCGUCGGGGUUAUACUUAUUUUCCACUGAGACCUCCUCGUCGAUGUGUCGGGCUGUGUCUUUUGACUGCAUGAUCUGUUCCCCCACUUAGGUGCAAACGCGUUUGUCCUGUCAAGCGGCAACAGCAAAAUGACUCGCCACGUGUAAACGCGACAGAGACACGAGGCUGCAGCUGCUCUUCCCCUUGAUGAAUCCCACCCACGUUUCUUGAUGUUUGGACACUGUCCUAAAUGCGCUGUAUGCUUAGUGCACAACAGCGGCAACGUCCGGAAAGCAGGAAGCCGACGCUGAACGGUUCUGGACGAUGGAUUGGGGUCAUCGGAACCCAGGAGACGGGAGGAUUGUGGGGGACGUCGUCCCUUUGUCAACAUCGGACGAUAUGGGAGUCGAAAUGGCGAUGGAAAACCCUUUCUUGGCGGCCAGCCAAGCGGAAAUGCCCGCACAGCGGCAGCAAUCGCGUUCCUUUAUUCGUGACAUCGUAACGUCGCUUGAAGACCCAAACAUAGCUAGUACAGCGUCAGAGGGGACUACCGUGGGAGAGAGGGCAGGAUCGAAGUCAAUGUCAGGCGGUUUAGCCCCGUCUGACGCAGAGGUCCAGGAUGUGCAGGGCAAGUCGGAAGAUGGUUCACAGGAGAAGCACGAAAAAUGCUUGGCAACCCUAAACGGGAAGGAUUCCUCUAGUCUGUUGAAAGCUUCAAGAAAUUCCCUUCAUGACGACGUAACAGAGGAGCACACCCGGAUGCAGCCGAUCCUCAUGCCCGGUCAAGACGGCGUCGGCGGGCUUGCUGUGAAAGCGUCCAAUAUUAAGAGCAUGGGACUUGUGCUUGAAGGCGCCAACGGGAAUGAAGUUCCGGUACCGUACAAGGUGUUCGCGAAGGCGGAUGUGCUUCAGGAGAUUCGGAACCUCGGAAAAGACUCGGACUGGGCUGAGCACAAGUCUGUCCUGCGGGUCUGCCCCCUCGACGAGCUGCUGGUGGUGCAUGACCCCCACAAACUCUACGGCCACUCCUUCGCAUGGGUUUUCACCGAGGUUGCAUACGACGUCAUGGCGAAGAGGCUGCAGGAGUGUCGGGAGGCCGCGGUAACGAUGUAUGUCAGGGAUCGUGCUGAUGAGGCUCGAAAAAAAGACAAGAGACAGAUCCAGGCGCCUGAUGAUCAAUUUGGAAAUUACGUGCCACCGAGGACUUGGAGCUCUACCACGAUAGAUAUCACAAAUGAGGAAAUUCGUCGCAUGGAGCUGCAGCCGAAGCGCUCAUUGUUGACGCGAAUCAUCUCUAAAAAGUACCGGCUUUUCAAAGAACCGUGCCAUUUCCAAGCCACUUCGGACAAAAUUCAUUCGAGCCGACCUCAAAAGGUAUGUCCUGUCAUGUUUGUUCACUGCUGA